GUUGAGACAUUCAGUUCCCAAUCAACCGUCGCUUCUCUUCAGGCUCCCCAAUAACAGGAAAGGAAGCAAAAGAAAAGCGAAGGAAAUUCACUUGCUUUCUCUUUAUCUAUUUGUUUGAUUAGAAUGAUUUGCAAGAAUGAAUAAAACAAGCAGAAUAGCGGCAACGAUCAAUUCUCAAUCCAACCCUUUUCCGCUCAGAGCUUCUCUGUUUCAUUCCACACCUGUUUUUGAGCGCAGAAGACGCACCCAUUGGGAUUCUGCAAGUUCUUUUAGGAGUUCCCCAAGGAAAUUUAACCAGUACACCAAUAGGCUCAGGAAACAGAAUUUGUUGCGCAAUGUCAGUGAAUUUGCAGACCACCUGUUUCAGAGCUGGCAGUCAGAUAGGGAUGACUGUGACCAACCUUCAGGUCGAGGGAGUUCGUGGUUCAGACCAAGUUUCAGGGACGAUGGAUAUAAAAAAGGGAAGUCAAGAUAUAGGGCAUCACAAGCAAGUAGAAGAGAUUUCGAGUUUUGCAAUGAUGAUGAUGAUGUAGAAUUUGAGACCAUUUUCCGUUCCGCAUUUGGUGGAAACCGAUACUUCUACUGGUCCUUCACAACAGAUGACGAACCUCGAUAUAGGAACUCAUCAAGUUACUCUAGCAACUAUAGGACUUCUACUGGUUGGAAAUAUCAUUAUGAGGAUGAAUAUGAUUCAUCAUCAGAGUACGAGAAACCAAUGGCGGACCUGACUUCCGAUAGGCUUGCUUUGGGACUGAGUGCAUCAGGUCCUAUAAACCUAGAAGAUGUAAAAAACGCGUAUCGAGCGUGUGCAUUAAAAUGGCAUCCAGAUCGUCACCAGGGUUCUUCCAAGGUUGUUGCGGAAGAGAAGUUCAAAGCAUGCAGUGCAGCAUAUCAAUCUCUAUGCAAUAAACUAGCUCUGCAAUAAGAAUUGAGUGUACCAUACUGACCUUCAACGGUCAAGUAGGAGGUAACGUGAUUAGAUUUAUUAACUUACAAAUUCAGGAAUUUGUUCCUGGAAAUAAGUUUUGUCGGGAUUAUAGUAUUGCAGGCUUCGACUAUUGAAACAUAUUAUGUUUCUGAGGAUCAUAGUGCAUGCGUACGGUGCAUUUUUUUUGUCGUCUUUACAGUAAUAGUUCAAGAAUUAGACUUGUAGCACAUAUAUAGAUAUAUAUAUAAAAUAUUCCGCCCUC